AGCGCCCUUUAACCCUCCACCCCACGACAUUUGUUUUGGAUUGUCCAGCUCAUUCAACACCCACACCAACUUCUCUCUCUAAAUGCUUUCUCUCUCUCUACGAUAAACUCUCUCUCUCCUUUUCAACGUUUUCUCCACCAGAUCUCUCGGGGUGAGCCGUGGAGAUGCGCGCUCAUUGAGAGACUUUUCCUUGGUUGUGCUUUUCCAUGUUACCAAACGCGGCCUUUGGACUUACCCCCAUGUUAUUUUUCUGAUUGGUUUUCUUGGUUUAUUUCGUGAGUUUUUUUGGGUUGAUUAGAUCUGGGGGUUUUUGUAUUUUUUGGAGGUAGAGGAGAAAUGGAGAAUGGGGGUGGCGGUGGCGGGGAGUUGAUGUUCAGUGAUGAGGAAUUGCGAGAGAUAAGUGGGGUUAAGAGAGGUGGAGAUUAUGUGGAGGUGACGUGUGGGUGUACCAGCCAUAGAUAUGGUGAUGCUGUUGGACGGCUUAGGGUUUUCAUUGGUGGUGAUCUUGAAAUCACCUGUGAAUGCACCCCUGGUUGUCAGGAAGACAAGUUGACCCCAGCUGCAUUUGAGAAGCAUUCUGGAAGAGAGACAGCUAGGAAAUGGAAGAACAAUGUCUGGGUAAUAGUUAAUGGGGAGAAGGUUCCAUUGUCAAAGACAGUGCUGCUUAAAUACUACAAUCAAGCAUCAAAAAAUGCUAAUGGGUCUCACAGAUCCCAUAAUGGACGAGUAUGUCAUCGAGAUGAAUUCGUUCGCUGUACUAGGUGUAACAAGGAGCGCAGGUUUCGUCUCCGGUCUAAAGAGGAAUGCCGAAUUCACCAUGAUGCUUUGGCAGAUGUGAAUUGGAAAUGUCCUGAUCUGCCAUAUGACAAAAUAACAUGUGAGGACGAAGAAGAACGUGCAAGCCGCAGGGUGUACAGAGGUUGCUUACGAUCUCCUACAUGCAGGGGUUGCACCUCCUGUGUAUGUUUUGGAUGUGAAAUCUGCCGCUUCUCAGAUUGCAGUUGCCAGACCUGCAUCGACUUCACAAGGAAUGCAGUAGCUUGAGACUCCAGAGUCCUUUCAAGUCAUAAUAUUCCUUUCUCCAUUUUGGUGGGACCCUUUUUUUCAUGUUGCUUCAUUGCUUAGCCCCAAACCCCACAUUUACACAAUUCCCAUCAGUGACAAUUCCUAUGUUAAACUUGAAGUUCUAGUCUUCGAGUUCAGUUUUCUGCUUGCUCGAAGACUAGUUUAGAACCUGAGAAUUCAGUAAUUUAUUCUCUAAAUUGGAAAUUUACAUUGGGCAUUCCAAGAAGAUGUUCCUAUUUCGGUGUCCUAAUCUUAUGCUGUUUACUCCAUUUUA